UAUAUUUAGAUAAUGCAUAAUUACGUAGAGGUGCUAUCCUACUUUAGACUGUUUCACUUCGUUUAAAAUUGUAUCAGUCUUUUGAAAUUCCUCAGUGAAGAUCGAAUUAUCUAAACGAGAGAAAAAAGUGAUCGGUGAUGAAAAAUGGUACACUUUAAUCAAUCCAGAAUGAAUGAUUCGUGGAUUAAGCAAAUAAUUUCGAAUUUUUUCGCCAAUGGUACGGAUGUUUUUGGCAAAGAAAGCACAUAUCACGGCUUCGAAGCAAUUGAUCCGAAUCCAGACUCAGCUCUAACCACACCGGAUGGUUUCCAAUCAGUUCAACUCUACGGGAAGAUUCUCUACAAAGAUGAGAAAAACAGCUGUGUGAAAUCAAUCCCGAUCAUCAUUAAAUCAACACCGGGGUCAGCUUGCAGUAAGUUUAUUUCUUUUUCAUUCGCCAACGAGAUUAAUUUUUACUCGAAAAUGGUUCCUAUCAUGAGCACAAUCGACGAUUCGUUUUCUUCGCUGUUUCCGACAUUUUACCACGCCGAAAUGAUGUUCAGCGAAAAACAGAGUGAAUCGGCGAUCGUUUUUGAAAACCUGAAAUCUCGAGGAUUCAAAUUGGCCGAGAAAAAGUCGUUUCUCGAUUAUCAGCAUUUAGCUUUAAUGAUGCGUAAACUGGGUCAAUUCCACGCUUAUUCCUAUAAAGCUAAGAGUGAUAAUUUUGUAUCUCGUUUGUUCAACCCGAUAGCUAAAAGUUUUCAAGAAACGAGCCCAAUUAUGAAUGGAGAAAUGCAAAUAAGCAUCGAUGUAUUGCAAAGUACAGCAAAUCGUGGCCUCGAGCUUUUGAAGAAAGAUGCCAAAUACUCGCCGUAUAUUUCGCAGAUUCAUUCAUUGGUGCAAAAUGUCGAUAUUAUUUAUAAACGAGCUUUAACGGCGGAUAAAGAAAAUCCCAUAUUGGUGCUCACUCACGGCGAUUAUUUGAGAAACAACGUCAUGUUUCGGUAUGAAAAUGAUACUCCGGAUGAUAUGUUGAUGAUCGAUAUGGCCACAUGUCGUUAUGGCUCACCUGUGAUCGAUUUGGUUAGCGUGUUGUACAUAAAUGCUGACCAAGCAACCAGGAACAAAUACUGGGACGAGUUGAUCGACGAGUACUAUACCGCUCUGAAGAAAACAUUCCCAGAUAACCAAGUGCCAUCCAAGAAUGCAAUCCUGUCGGAAUUUGUAGGCAAGUCGUUCUACGGAUACAUCGUGGCAGCUUAUUUUUUACCCAGUUUGAUCGCUGACGAUUACAAAAUCCCCUAUCCUCCGGAAAUGGAUCCGGAAAUAUGUAGGAAAUUUGACGAGUUUAAUUUCGAGGAAGUGCCUCGAGAAAUGUGGAUGAAAUUAUUCUUAUUGGUGGGAGGAGAUUUAGGAACACAAGCGUUGAAAGAUAUACUUCAAGAUAUGAUCGAUAGAGGAUUUAUUUGUAGCCAAUUGAAAUGAUUUACUACACGUAUCUCUAUAAUGAUUGCUUUGUUUUAAAAUGAACGAUUAAAAAAUUUGAUAUUUU